UCUCUGACCGCAAACUCUUCCGUGGCUCCUCUGAAAAUAAUCUCCCCCUUUUUUCUCUCUCCGUUUAUCUCAAUUGAGUUUCCAGCCCUUUUGUUCGCUCUCCUUAUCACUUGGAAAAGGUGAACCCUCGUGUUAUUUUUAUUUUAAUCUUUGCUUUAAUUGUAGUUUUUACCCUUGUGGUCCCUGAUGGCUUCGCACAGUGAUACUCUGGUGGUGUUCUUUGGGGCAACAGCUGGUGCAAAUGGGGGUAAACUGGGUUCGGAUGAGAGGGAAAUAAUUCUCUUGGUGUGGCAAAUUGUGGAUCUACAUGAGAAAAAGGUCGGGAAGCUUCACAAAUGUCUCGUCAAGCCGGACACUUUGGAGCUGACGGAGCAGUGUAAAGAGGAGACAGGACUGACUCUGGAUGAAAUCAUUAAAGCUGAGCCCCUGGACAAAGUUCUCCAACAGUUCCAGCAGUCGGUGUCAUCAGAAGUAAAAUGUCUCGGCAGGAACUCUUACACACUGUGCGUGAACAGUCCCCAUAUCAUUCGACAGGCCCUCCACCCCGAAGCUUCCAAAAAGAACCUCGUCCUACCUGAAUGUUUCUUUUCAUUUGUGGACAUCAGAAAGGAGUUUCACAGAUGCUGCCCAAAUGCCGGCACUGUGCAGAAGCUCACACUCGCCUCCAUGUUGGAGCAUGUUGGUCUUCCUGCUGUGUCAGAGCAGCUGAUGGGGGCGAGGGAGGUGGGGAGCAUGGUGCAACUCACCCUCAGCAUCCUGGCUGAGCCUUACAAUCACAAGUUCUCCUGUGUUGAAACAGUGAAGUACAAGUUUGACUCCGGCACAUGCAGUAAGACGGAGCCAGUGGACAGUGAGACGGUGAUCAGAGCACGGGGGCUUCCAUGGCAGUCCUCAGACCAAGAUAUCGCUCGCUUCUUCAAAGGACUCAAUAUUGCCAAGGGUGGUGUGGCCCUGUGUCUGAAUGCUCAGGGCAGGAGGAACGGAGAGGCCUUAGUUCGCUUUAUCAACUCGGAGCACAGAGACCUGGCCCUGGAUCGUCACAAACACCACAUGGGCAGCCGCUACAUAGAGGUUUACAAGGCCACAGGAGAGGAAUUCCUCAAGAUUGCUGGAGGUACAUCUAAUGAGGUGGCCCAGUUCCUGUCCAAGGAGAACCAGGUGAUCAUCCGUAUGCGGGGGUUACCGUUCACUGCUACGCCCCAGGAAGUGCUGUCCUUUCUUGGCCCUGAGAGCCCAGUUACAGACGGUGUUGAGGGUUUGCUCUUCGUCAAGUACCCUGACGGACGCCCCACUGGCGAUGCCUUCGUGCUCUUCUCUUGUGAAGAGUACGCUCAGAAUGCCCUGAAGAAGCACAAGCAGAUCCUGGGGAAGCGUUACAUCGAGCUGUUUAGGAGCACUGCAGCUGAGGUGCAACAGGUCCUGAACCGCUACAUGUCCACACCUCUAAUCUCCACACUGCCCCCUUCACCCAUCAUGCCUGUCCCGGUCCUCGCCACACCUCCCUUCCUUCCAGCAGCCAGUAGCACUCGGGACUGCGUUCGCCUCCGCGGUCUGCCCUACACUGCGGGCAUUGAAGAUAUCCUGGAGUUCAUGGGGGAGCACACCGUUGAUAUCAAACCCCACGGAGUCCACAUGGUCCUUAAUCAACAGGGCCGGCCCUCCGGUGAUGCCUUCAUCCAAAUGAAGUCGUCUGACAAGGCGUUUAUGGUAGCCCAAAAGUGUCAUAAAAAGACGAUGAAGGACCGUUACGUCGAGGUGUUCCAGUGCUCGACAGAGGAGAUGAGCAUCGUCCUGAUGGGAGGAACCCUGAACCGCAGCGGCCUUUCCCCCCCACCCUGCAAACUUCCCUGUCUGUCCCCCCCCACAGCCUACGCCGCCUUCCCCACCCCCCCGACCCUCCUCUCUGAGGCCCUCUAUCAGCCCCCUCUGUUGGCAGCUCCGAGACCCCCUCAGACCAGCGCGCACAACCCGGCUCACACUCUGGCCUACUACCCCCCUCAGCCACAUCUCUACAUGAACAUGAACAUGAACUACACAGCCUACUACCCAAGCCCCCCAGUUUCUCCCUCCACAGUCAGCUACUUCGCGGCUCCACCUGGAGCGGUGGCAGCAGUCGCAGCUCAGCCCCACCCCGCUGCAGCCGCUGCCUCCUCUGUGCUGCCCCAGCCCGGCGCCCUGGUCAGGAUGCAGGGUCUGCCCUACAAUACUGGAGUCAAGGACAUCCUCAGCUUCUUCCAGGGAUACCAGCUCCAGCCAGAUGCCGUUCUCAUCUUGUACAACUUCAGUGGUCAGUGCAGUGGCGAGGCCCUGAUCACCUUCCCUAGUGAGGAGAUGGCCAGGCAGGCCGUAGCCGAGCGCUCCAACCACCCCUUCUAUGGCCAGCAGGUCCACAUGGUCUUCUGUAACUGACGUGUCCUCUGUCUCUGUCCAACUCAGUCAAUUUAGCAUCCUCACGGACGCAUCUCUCCAGCUCCACUCGAUCCCAGCGCUCGUCACUGUAAAACCACCUUUUCCGUAAUCUGCUAUUCCUGAUUCCCACCCGACACCGCCGCCCUCGACACUCCUGAAGCUACUGUUGGAGGUUGGCCGUCCACAGAUGAAGCGCUCUUUAAAGUUUCAUGUCGGCAAAUGACUUUGCGGAUGUCGUGUAUAGCAUUUCUGUGUAGUUGCACCUACUGUAAUUACUGGUGGUGGAGAAGAGAUGUUGUGGAACCUGGAGGAAUAUUGAAAUGUAUAUAGAUAUGUGUACCCUCCCCCCUCCCUCGUCCACAUAAACCUGUACACAUGUUCAUCCUGAAAUGCUUGAGGCUGUAAAUCACUACCAAACACAAUAGUUUUCUGUACAUUUCUAAAUUGAUACUAGUAACCACUACAUGAUUUAGACUUUUCUGUGUAUGUGAACCUUUGUUAGCUCUAUGCAAACACAGCUGUGUGUCUGCGCAGGCUUGUUAUUUAUACUUUGACGGCCUUCAGAAAGCAGCAGUGCCAUUGAGAAGAGAAGAAAAAGCCAUACAGACUGACUUAGACUACUGAAACAACAGCACCUCUGCACUCUUCAACUGUCAUGAAUUAAUCUGAUCUUUGAGCUUCAUGGACUGAUUCCACACUACGCCACAGUUGGGCCAGUGUGUCCAGCUAAAACAUAACCUAGCUAUUUGUUAUGUUUUGUUAUUUUUCUGUAAAAAGCAUUUAAGGUUGACACACAGCAUGUCAUCCCAUUUUGAAGCACUACAGAUUUCUUUCUGCUUCAAAGAGCGAAGGAACGGAGCGUCUCAACCAGACUGGCAAGACAAAUUAAUUCUAUUUUUAUCAAUUUCAUUUCUUUACAAAAGCUGAGAUUUAGUUAUUAAGUGUUAAAGGACGUAGGUGUUUCCUGAACUGUUUUAUAAUGACCUACCUGAGCUACUGUAUCGCCUCCUUUCUUGUUUCCAGACUAUAGCUAUCAGUCUGUAGUUCCUGUAUGCUUUAGUUGCUGCUUCAAACCACAGUACUGUGGAAAACUGCUGAGUUUUUCCCUGUGACAGGUCUGCUGUCUUAGUUUUUCAUCUUUACUGUGCCUACAUUCCCCAGAGUGCAAUGCUGGCCCAAGUGAGGCUCGGUCGGCCUCUGGCGGCAGUGGAAAUAUUUCUUUUGUUGCAAGUUUGACACUUGCAUGAAUUUAGAUCUGUGUAUAGGCUGUAAACAAUAAACAUGUUGACACUGA